AUGUCUGCAACCCCGUGCUGGAAAAUGAUGGACAAGAGGAUGGACUUUUAUAAGCAGCGUCGAUUCAUCUGCCAGAUUACCGGCCACUCCGGCCUCUCAUUUUUCGAGGCGCUCAAGAGCGAGCGAGCGGGUGCCCAGGAAGUGGAGCAGGCGUUUCCGGAAGCUCUCAAAGGCCCCAUCCUGCGCCGGGUGCAGUUCCAAACCAUCUCCCGGAUCGACACGCUGGUGGAUCUUAUUUACGACGAAUUUCGCGCCGAUUAUUAUCCUGGGGAGGCGGUGACGGUACAUGUGGUGACGGGCGAGCGCCUGACAGGAAUUGUGCGAGAUAAGACGCGCUUUGGAUCAAAGGUGCUCCCCGACGGCAAGGUCGCCCCGCCAUUCUCGCGAUAUUUUGUUAGCCUGGAUAAUCGACCCACGGAGGAGGCGGUGGUUGACGACGCGCAUAUCACCAGAGACCGGAAGAUCUUUACCAAGCAAGUCCUGCGGUCAUUUAUCAAGAAGACGGUAACAAGAGAGGCGUGGACGGGAGCCCCAUGGCUGGUGAACCACGAUGUCGCAAACCUCUACCAUAUCGACACCCGCGUACCGCCGCAUCUGCGGUAUGAGAGCAAGGCAGCCGAGAGAAAGCAAGUUCAAGCACAAAAGAAGCAUGGCCCGGACUAUGAUGGGAUGGUUGGGAGCUUUCAAGGCCAGGCUGCCCGACUUCCGGAGCUGAAGCCCGCCCCAAAGAGCCAUAAGAGCAAGGCGCAUCAGUCUCAAACAACAAAGGUCAAGCAGCAGCCAUUCUUGAAUCCGGCUCCUGCACAUCCAAACCAUCCGCAAUUCCACCCCCCACCUCCUUUCGUUUCUCACACCUUCCAAACAACCGGACCCCCUCCGCCACCUGGGCCUCACUUCGCCAACUUCCACAAUUCCACGUUCGCGUUUGCCCCGAUUGCCUCUGUUCCACCGCCUCCACCUCCACCUCCACCACCUCCGCCAGUCAAGUACCCGAUCGAGGAUCUACAAGUUCCUCCCCGCCAUAAUGGCUCCACGCGGCCCGCCCUCAAGUUCUUUUCUCAGGACACACCAUUAGAUGCUGGGAAAACCAAGAUGGAAGGGGGAAAUGGUAUUAAGAUGGAAUCGGUGGGGCCCCUUCUCGAGUCCUGGGAUACUUUAAACGUCUAUUGCGAGAUUUUCAAGCUGGAUUCUUUUACUUUUGACGAUUUCGUUGAAGCAGUGCAGUUUACCCCAGAGGAUGUCGACUGUCAACUCUUCGUUGAGAUGCACUGCGCCGCUUUGAAGCUCCUGGUCAGCUCGGAGGCGGAAGAUGGGAAAAUUAAUGUUCAGCUACCGGAGAUGGAUGAGGAGAGUGACGAGGAAACCGAUGACGAGGAGAGUGCUGCGCCCUCCCCGACUCCAGAACCAGAGCCUAAACCAAAGGGCCGUGCGACAAGAAGCAGUCUGGCAAAAGCAGAGGCAGCAGCAGCAGCGGAGGCCGCAAGGUUAGAAGCGGAGGCGGAAUUAUCAGAGGCCGCCGAGGGCAAGGUCCUUCACCGCGCCGCAGACAUGCAAGACGAGAUGGGCUGGAUCGAUCGUUUGAGAAAGAGGGAUUUUAAAAAUGGCGGGUGGCAAAUCAUCAUCAUUGGGCUGCUAUAUCAGCUCUCAAAGGGUCCCCGAGCCCAGGGCAAGUACGAUACCUUGUUAGAACACCUUGCGCCUGUUGACAUGGAUCCCACUCCGGACACUGCACGACGACAGUACGCCAAACUUGAUGUCAACCUCCGCAUCUCGAUCCUCCAGAUUAUAUGUAUACUCACGGCAGAAACCAAAGCUAUUCGUGGCUACAUGGAGGAAUGUAGCGAGCAAAUGACAGCCUUUCGAAAAGAGAAGAUCCGGUGGCAGCGAGACCGGAAAACUCUUCUCGAAGAGCUCCGCCUGCUCAACGAAGAGAAAAAGAUCCUUCUUCCAGAUAAUAUGCCGCCGGAGCCAGCUCCAGCAGAUAAACCCGUCAAUGGAGAUACGAAAAUGACUGACGUUGAAGAGGUUCAAGAUUCCGUCGAAGAGGAGAACGUAGAUACCGAUGAGGAUCCGCAUCAAGGUCGGUCGCUGCGUCGAGGCCUGGAUCGAGCGGCGGAGAGGAAGCGAAAGCGUGAGGCUGAGCAGGAGAAGAGGGAGAAAGCUGAAGCCGAGGCCAAACUUCCGAAGCAAUCGAAGCAAUUUGUGAAAUUGCUGAAGACUAUCCAAAAGAAAGAAGAUGCAAUAAAAGAGUGCGAGGAAGAAAUCGCCAUUUUGGACAACGACCUUCGAGAAGCCGACUGCCCGCGAACACGUGUUUUGGGCAAGGACCGAUUUUGGAACCGGUAUUACUGGUUCGAACGUAAUGGUAUGCCAUAUGGCGGGCUACCCAACAGUUCCACAGCCGAAGCAGGCUAUGCCAAUGGGUGCAUUUGGGUUCAAGGUCCUGACGAAAUGGAGCGUGUCGGCUACAUUGACAUGAAACCCGAAUGGCAAAACGAGUACAAAUCCAAGUUCAAGAUGACCGUUCCCGAGCGGAAGAAGCUUGAAGAGGGACCCACCAGUGUCUUCAAUGCACAUCAAUGGGGCUACUAUGACGAUCCGGAAUCAGUUGCUAAAUUGAUCGCAUGGCUCGAUAUUCGAGGGUUCAACGAAGUGAAGCUCAGCAAGGAACUCAAACUCUACCGCGACAGAAUCGUGAAGAAUAUGGAGAAGCGCAAAGAAUAUCUCCAGCCCACUGAAGAAAAGCUAGAUGAUUCAAGCAGCAAGCGGAUAUCGACGCGGAGAAAGGAACAACAUGUCGAUCACCCCCCUCUUCGCUGCUCAUCGUGGCAUAACAACAUGGCCCUCGAGGAGCUAGGACAUCUCCACUCUGAACAACCACGAGCCAGGAAGCCAGCGAGAAAGGCACAACCCCCUCCUCCUCCCGUUGAAGAGGAGCGUCAAACGAGGGGUACCGAUACUAAGGGCAAAAAGGAAAAGGGCCUCGGGAGGCAAGGCACGAGAUAUAAUUUCUAA